AUAAAUAAUGACUACAAACAUGUAUAAUUAUACAAUACAUUACAAAAAUAAAAAAAUUCAAUACAGUAAGAUAAAUCAUUAUUAGAAUAAUACAUAGGUGUUAAGCAAAUAUUAUAAAUACAAUAUAUUUUAAAACUAUUAUAACUUCAUGUACUGUGUGAAUGCUUUACUAUAAAGUUGAUUCAGUGAACAUGAAAAAUUUGGAUCUAUCUUGUAACAUCAAGAAAAGAAAAACAAAAUAUUGCUGUAACUAUAUUCGCUGAUUACGGGAGGGGCGAAAACCCUUUUGGGAGAAAACACGGGGAAAUUCCCAUCUGGCUCCUUAUUAUCUUCUUAUAUAAUGGCAACCAAGUUUGUUAACUCCGUAGAUCAGCACAUAUCUACAUAUCUGAUGGGUUCGGGUUGUGGAGAUGAGAUGCACUUAGCAUCAUAUAGGAGGUCUGGUGGUGGUGGUGUUUCAGUCAUUCUGCACUCCUGAAGUUUCUUAACCAAAAAGUACUGUGUGGUUGUUUUUAAAGUACUUUUGGAAACAAAAUUGUCACAGCUGUGUGCAGAAGGGGAUUAAUAUAUCAUAAACUAAGAUACUGCAAGUCCUAUUGGCCAAAUCAGUUAAGCAAGUCCCCUGGCCUAUCCAGAUAAAAAAAAUCUGCUCCUUUUAACACUUGCUUUAAUAUAAUGAAUUAAUUAUAGUAAUUAUUGUUGGCCCAAAUAUGUGUACCACAACUGUGUGAUGCACUGGCUGCACAAAUAUUGACAAACAGUACAAAGUUCAAACAUGUCUGCACAACUGUGUACAAGGGUAGUACGAGUAGGCUACAUGUAUAAUCGUGCACUGUAGACUUGCUCAUGCUCUACAUUAUGGAUUGCAGUAUAUGACUACAGGCCUACAAACAAUGAAAUUGUAUUCUUAUUUUGAACCUGCAAGUGCAUGGCCAGAGUUCCUGUUUCAACCGUGUUGUUCCUCUGAGGUUCUACAAUCAGGUCAUUCAGUUUUAGUUAAUUCACUUCAACAAUGCAACUGGCUGGAUACACAACAACGUGCACACAUUAAUGUUUUGUUCUCGGGAUAGGCAUAAAUGAUACUGCAAAACAAGUUGUCAUGUGAAAAAAUGGAGGACCAAAGCGUUUGUCGUGAGACGAGAAUGAUGAGACAAGAAUAGGCAUAUAGGCCUAAAAAGCAAACCUCAUUUGACAAGUACGAGUACAAGGAUUUUGCCUAUCAGGGAAUUCAGCCUAUAACACAAACAUGGACGGAAAGUAAUGUCGAAUUUCUGCAGUUUCUAAAUUCCCUGUGAAAAAUUGUCUCCAAAAUGAGCACGGGGAUAGGCCUAAUCAUGCGAUCUUUCCGGAGCAACAAGAUGAUAGUCGCACUGACAAUCUUUGUCUGUCUCGGCCUGAUACCGUCCUACAGCGUGGUCCAGUCGUACCUCAGUCCAAGCAAGAUUCAUCUGACGGCGGAUGAGUUAGCCAGACUGUACAACAAGGAUGUAGCAACGGAACCGGCUCGUAUAGAAAUGGGACACAGGUCCAAAGAGGCAGACGUGGCGGCGUUCCUGGUUGCUAAUGGCACCACAAAGGUGUUGCUGGACUGCGGAGCUAACACCGCCUCUAGCGUGCAACUCUUCCGCGAUACCUACCCGGAUGGUAGGAACUACGUCAUCCACUCGUUUGAGAUUGAUGAGAGACUUGGGCCGUACUUCAGCCCUUACCGUAACCAUCACCUGCACUGCCCAGUGGGAGUGGCCGCUGAAUACGGUAAUGUAACUGCAUAUCUGGAGUCUGUCUGGGGUCCAGACAAGGGCCUCAACAAUGGGCGGGACAUGCAGUGGGGAGGAGGGACAUUCUACGCUGACCCUGCGGAGAUACAGGAUAAAGAAACUGGCGGUAAAAGAAAACUGUCAACUCGGCGAGUUAUCCCAACCAUUGACCUUGCGCAGUGGAUCAAGGAGAAUUUCUCAGUGGAGGAUUACGUCAUCCUAAAGCUUGACGUUGAGGGCGCCGAAUUCAACAUACUCCAGAGAAUGCUACAAACUGGUGCCUUUAAGUACAUAGAUAAGUUGUAUGGCGAGUAUCACAACAGUCAGCCCACGGGUUGGUCACAGAAGAGCAAGAACCAGCUUGUCCUGGACAUCGGAGAGGCAGGUUUCACACUGAAGGAAUGGGAGGCAGACAGGCACAUGUACAGCGACUUCGAGAAACUCCACCCGCCUGAAAUCCCACUCAACACGCCAGGCACGGCUGGUGAGAUCUACUCCCUCUGCCAGCCAGGUUCAGUCUCUUUAGCCGUAGCCAUCGGCAUGAACCACAAGCGGGCCCACAAGGUCAUCUCCACCCUCCAGGCGUACCCCACCCGGCUCCCUCUAACCCUCUUCGUUUAUGGGGACUUCGUGGAGCAGUUCCCGGACACUGUGAUGGCCUGGGCCCGGCGAUACAGGCUUGGGAUCCGAGAGGAUGGCGACUACCCGAAGGCCUACCUAGAGACGAUGCCCAAGAAUCUCAUCCGCCGUAGUCUUGUCAGUUCCCUGAUGCGUCUGCAAGAGCUGGACCUGAAGACAGCCCUCUACUGGCCGGCAAUCAACGGCAGCAGCUUGUCGAAGUUUAAACUGUUAGCCAAGACACGCGGACUGAGGAUUAUCCAGCCUACAGUUGAAUUUCCUGGCAAACUAGGUACGAAGCUGACAAGCGAGAAUUACUACCACUACCGUGACGUGGAGCGUGUACCCCGGGCACUGCGACUGAUCCACAACCGGCUGAUGGAGACGCAAGGAGGGAUCCUCGGCCUGGACUCGGACAUACCGGACACCUAUACGAUAGCAGUGUUCCUGAUGGACUAUCUUGUCAAAAACUCAAACUACCGACUUGUGGAAGUGGAGGACUGUGUGAGAGAGGGGACACCGGUUGCGAUGAAGGGCGAGGAUUUUGACAUUUGGGCCCCUAAACACACGAACUGAAGUGGAGGUUUUGUGCCACGAAUUUAGAAUGUGGAAGUUGAACUUCAGGGUUAUAAACGGGAGAGGACGCAUCGCUAUUCAUGUACAUGUAUACCCUAGGAACAAUACAACCUAGUCGACCUAACAUCAUAGGUAGUCAAUAGAGAUAAGACAUAAUGACCUCAUGGUUUGUUUACAUGUGGGAUAAAGCAUGUGUGACAAAGCAUGACGUCAUUAUGUCUUGGGUGUGUUCGUCAGGGUUUUUUUCCAACUCGGAUUUUUGCUUCCCUGCUCUCGUCAACUCCAAGUUCCAACGCAGUGUUUCCAAAGCACAUUCUUAUAAAAGCUGAAAUAAGUUUGAUCGAUAGUACAAUGCAAUAACAUGGAGUCUAUAUCGUCUUCAACUUUGUGCGCCUAACAUACAACGGUGUGUAUAUCCCUUAUGCCUAGCGGCCAUGUUAGGGGGCAUCUUUUGUUAUUUUAAUUCAGUAACACUGAAUGCACAAAAGGUUCACUCAUGCAUGUCCCAGCAAAACAAAGGCAUUGCCCUAUAAGAUGGCUGCUACGCAGAAGGUCUAUAAAGUAGCUACUGUGAACAAUAAUUCUGGUGAGACUACAUCUGCCAUCUUUAACAGAAAAAAAUGAAAUACAGACAUCACAAGCAAAAUGAGGCAAUUGAAUACAUAAUAAUUGAUAUAAUGUUACCUUUUAUUUUAUUUUGGUUAAACUUUAUAAGUGGACAGCUAUACACAAGCUGUUUUUAUAAACCAAGCCAGUUGUUAGUAAUGUUAUAUGCUUUCACAAACUCGCACUGUAAAUCUCUGCCAAAAGUUCUUCGGGUAACUUCCAAUCAUUCAACAUGCUCACUCUGUAUUCAAAAACUGGAUCUAUACAAUGGCUACAUUAGCAAUCUUUAGCAUCGCAAACCCUUGAAAAAAUUAUCACAUGCACAGCCGCGCUACAUUCUUUUAGUAAUUAUCCAAAUAAAUUCUGGCUAGAUUGUGCAUUUAUUUUUCAUUCUCAUGUUUGAGAGUUUUGACUUCUUUUUAGUGAUUAAAUAAAGACUAGUUUCUGUGUUUGAUUUUA